GGACCUUUGUUGGGACCAAGGGUUCCGGGCUUCAUUUUCUUGAUCCCCUUUGUUUUUCAUGGUACCAAGGUGGACCUGCGGGAGCGGGUGUUGCGGGUACCGACCCAGAAGUACAUCACCGCUGAUAACGUCGUGGUGGACAUGGACUUCGUCAUCUACUACCGGAUUAUGGAGAACAUGGCUGAUCGCGCGGUGCUGGAGGUGCAGAACUUUGAGUUGGCGGUAAUCAAUCUGGCCUUCGCAACUCUCCGAGCCGUGAUCGGCUCGACUACGCUGGCGGACGCGCUGACCGAACGCGAGAGGAUCCGUGACCAGCUGCAGGUGAGGAUGGACGAGGUCACGGAACGUUGGGGCGUAAAGGUCUCGCAGGUAGAGAUCAACGAGAUAGACCCACCGCCCGGCGUGAAGGCCGCGAUGGAGCGGGAAAAGUCCGCGGAGGCGAUCAAGACGGCGGAUAUCACAGAGUCCGAAGGCGCCCGCCAAUCCGCAAUCAACCGUGCCGAGGGCGAAAAGCAGUCGGCCAUCUUGAAAGCAGAGGGUGAGCGGCAGGCUGACAUUCUGCAGGCUGAAGGCGAUCAGCAGGCCGCAGUACUCCGGGCGAUGGGGUUCAGCGAGGCUUUGGAGCGGAUCAACGCGGUGGCCAACCAGGCAGACGGUCGGACCAUGAGCCUGCAGUAUUUUGACACUCUUAAGUCGCUGGGCGAAUCCCCGUCCACCAAGUGGAUAUUCCCGAUGGAGUUCACGUCCAUGUUGGGCAACUUCAUGUCCAUGGGUGGGAACAGCAGCGGCAACGGGAACGACGACCGGCAGAACGGUGCGGGGUAG